GAAGUAAAUGAAAUACAGCAUGUAUUUAAAGAUGACUCCGCGUUUUCGAAGUUAAUUAACGCUAUAUUCGUUGGCGGCAACGCACUACACCGACGUUUUUUCUGACAGGAGAAAAGAUGGUGAUUGAGAAGCUCAGUUUAACUUGUGAUAGACUCCUGUCACACUGUCAGCUAGCAUGCUGUCACUCUUAUUGUGCUAUACCAAUGCAUGGCAAGGAAAUAUUGAUUUACAGUAUCAUGGACGUAGAGCAGCAGCCUCUGCUGCUAACUGGCCACCAUGGUGAGAUCAUUGCCAUGACCUUUGGGAAACGAAGUGGACCUGUUCUCCUCUGCUCUGCCUCUGCUGACUAUAUCAUUGUCUGGGAUAUUGAACUGUGCCAGAAGAAAACACAGGCGGGUAAAGUUGCAGCGGGAAGAGUUAUCGGGACUUUACUGGGUGAAGUCGUCCACGUUUCAUUCUGCUUCUCUGAUCAACGAGUGGCAGCAUGCUCAGGAACAACUGUAUAUAUUCUCAGCUCAAAGGAGUAUGAUGUGAUCUCUACCUUGACCAGCCAUCUUGGACCUUUAACAUCCGCAGAGUUCUCUCCCUGGAAUAAAGACAUUCUUGUUACCACAUCAGAGGACCGCACUUUUAAGGUGUGGGAUUUAAAAACCGAAGCUGUUUGCUACCAGUCUUUUGUGCUUUCUGCCUUUCCACUGCUCAGUGUGUUGUUUUUGGAGGAGAACAAGCACCUUAUCACUGGCUCAGUUGAUGGACAGCUGUGGUGCUUUUCUCUCCCUGAUGACCACACGUGUGACCUGGUGACCAAAAUGGACCUCCAGAAGAUGGAAAAAAGACAUCAAAUGCACAAAGGGACUGUGAGCCAUCAAGCAGAGUUGGCAGAACGAUCAGCUGUCGAUAACGUAGAGACUUCAAAACCUGUCCUCAGAAUGGCUCUUUGUUGCUCAUUCACUGGCACCAGUAGUGAUCGUGAAAAGGACAACAGCUGGUUAUGUAUUGGAAGCUCAGAUGGCCUGUAUGUGGUGGAUCUGGCUUCCUCAGAGCUCCUAACAGCACUAUAUUUCAAAGAUUACCCCGGCUUGAGUAUCGCAAUGGCUGGGUCAUGGUCAAUUUCUCCAGGGUGGGAUAACUCUAUGGUGUUUUUAGUGAGCUCCUUGCUCACUCCAUGUGUGGUCCUGUUGGAGUUACGUCUGUGUGACCUCGAGAGGGCCUGGGCAUGCGGUGAAGGUUUUUCAGUGUUCCCGAGUUCUCCUCCGCUGCUUGAAUCUCCCCUGAAUGCUCAGUUAAAGAAGAAGGAGUCCGAGCAUCCUAAAAAGAAAGGAGGAAUAAAGGAGCAGCCGCUGGUUUUCCACUCGAAAGUGAAGUCAUCUGGAUAUAGCAGUGCCCCGAGAAGAACUAUGUUUUCGCCUAAAACAAAUAUCCAGAAGAAUCCUUCCUCCAAGAAGUCCAAUAAAAAUACAGGUUCACUCCUCAGAGAUUAUCCAGCAGACAGUGCAGCACCUACGAUUCCACAUAUUCAUCUCAACAUUGUCAACAAACCAGUCCACUGCCUUCAGUAUUCAGGUGACGGAAAAAAAAUCCUGUGUGGUCUUGGCGACAGCUCGGUGUUAUUGUACAAGUCCUCCCUUAAUGGCAAUCCAGCUGUCUACACAGGGCAUGACAAGCCAGUGAGCAGUGUGAGCUGGAGUCUCAACAGACAGUGGUGGCUGAGUGCGUCAGAGGACCAGUCACUACGAAUCUGGACCCAUGGCAGCCCAGAGCCUGCCAUUAUCAUGGGUGACAGUAUGUUCUCCAAACCCAUAAGAAGUGCUCAGUUUUAUUACCUGGACAAAUUUCUGCUUCUGGCAUCGGGGCCAUCUCUAUACUUGUACCUGUACAAUGUGGACGUCACACAUGAUGACAUCAAAAGAUAUCAGCAACGGAGUGUUGUGAAAUUAGCCAGAUGCUUUAAGACAACACCAGCAACAGACAUCACUGCCUUGUCUGCAAUUAAUGACUUCUUCUCUCACAUCGUUCUGGCGUGUGGCUCGGAUCGGUCCAUUCAAGUAUUUGACAUGAACAAAGGUACAGUUGCCUCAGUGCUGCCUGAUGCCCACAGCAGAGCCGUCCACUGCAUUAUACAGAACAAGGGCUCCAUGUUCAGCACACAAACACCAGACUCAUACAACCUCUUCCUCACCAGUGCAGUCACGGAUGGUGUGAAGAUUUGGGAUCUUCGUACACUGAGGUGCGUACGGCGUUAUGAGAACCACAUAAAUCGCUGCCAUCCGUGCUCUUCAGCCAUCUCACCCUGCGGACGCUUCAUUGCCUCAGGCUCUGAGGAUAACUGUGCCUACGUGUAUGAUAUCCGUAGCAGCAGGUACCUCCACAAACUUCAAAAACACUCAGACACUGUACUGAGUGUGACUUUCAACCCUGCCACACCAGAGCUGCUGACUGGGACCCUGGAUGGGAAACUGAGACUGUUUCAGUCCAGCAGUGGGGUCCGUCUGUCUCAUGACACCAGUGCUGAGUACAGCAUCCCCCAUAUGAGUGCUUAAUUACAGCAGGCUGCAGCGAUGGCCAUGCAGGUUUCAUUAAAGCAGUUCCAACCCCCUGGCUAGGAUUUUACUGGGAAAGGAGAAAGUAAAGGUUUUGUUUUUAGUUGUUGGUUAAAUGAGGAUCAAAAAUAGCUACAAGUUUAAAGUUUUUGUUUCGUUGUUAAAAGUGUCCUUCUGCUUCUGUGCUUCAAACUGUAAAAAUGAGCCACACAUUUCAGCUCAUAUUAGUCAAAAUUUCAAUAUGCACAUCAUUAGACCACUUUUCUUUUGACUGUGAUUCAAAGGGAUAUCAGGGGUUUGAUUGAAUAUCUUUCAACAUGUUCAUUUAACCACAUUAUUGUGAUGCAAUGUGUGCUCAAUUACAGAUAAUUACGACUAAAUUUUGCCAAGAACAAUUUUAUCAGCAGUUAUUCCCAUCCAUCCUUCCACACUCUGGAUGGUCAAGCAUCAGAUUUUGUUUGUUCAGUAUGUGGAACAGAUGUACUUCUAUAUCACUGGCUGUGAUCGCUACUUAACAGAUCAUCACAUGGAGCUAUGACAUCAACUGGGUGCA